GUUCUCGCUCUCGCGGUAGCUCCGCGCCUACACCGGCGGCGACAUUCAGAGAGGAGAUGGCGGCCAGAGGGGGGUUUCAGUCGGCACCGACGGGUGGUGGUGGAGCAAUGGGACCUGGACCACCGGUACCGGGUGCAGGACCAGGCAUGGGACCAGGAACACCUUCUGGAAGAAUGGGACCAUCAGCUGCCGCGCAGAACCACAUGUACCGCUCACCGAUGCCCGGGCCUGGGUACCCGAGACCAGGCAUGCCUCCUUCCAGUCGCAUGACCCCUCAGGGACCAGCCAUGGGCCCUCCAGGAUACGGCAACAGCCCCGUGUCCCGUCCUGGCAUGGCAGGUGUGAUGGAUCCGUCUCGUAAGAGGCCGGCUCCUCAACAGAUUCAGCAGGUUCAGCAACAACAGAACCGCAACCAGCACACAAAGAAGAAGAAGAUGGCUGAUAAAAUUCUACCUCAGAGGAUCAGGGAACUGGUCCCAGAGUCUCAGGCUUACAUGGAUCUGCUGGCUUUUGAGAGGAAGCUGGACCAGACCAUCAUGCGCAAGAGGCUGGACAUUCAGGAGGCCCUCAAGAGGCCAAUUAAGCAAAAGAGAAAGCUAAGGAUUUUUAUCUCCAACACCUUCAACCCAGCAAAGCCUGAUGCUGAGGAUGGAGAGGGCACAGUUGCAUCAUGGGAGCUACGUGUCGAGGGGCGUCUGCUGGAAGAUACAGCCGUGUCAAAGUAUGAAGCCACGAAACAGAAAAGAAAGUUCUCCUCAUUCUUCAAGUCCUUGGUGAUCGAGCUGGACAAAGAUCUAUAUGGUCCAGAUAAUCACCUUGUGGAAUGGCAUAGGACUGCGACAACCCAGGAGACCGAUGGUUUCCAGGUGAAGAGGCCAGGUGAUGUGGGUGUUCGUUGCACCGUCCUUCUCAUGCUUGAUUACCAGCCCCCUCAGUUCAAGCUGGACCCCCGAUUGGCCCGUAUGUUGGGUAUCCACACCCAGACCAGACCCGUCAUCAUUCAGGCCCUGUGGCAGUACGUGAAGACCCACAAACUCCAGGACCCACAUGAGCGGGAGUUCAUCAACUGUGACAAAUACUUGCAGCAGAUCUUUGAGACUCAGCGAAUGAAGUUUUCUGAGAUCCCACAGCGCUUGCAUGCACUUCUCAUGCCCCCAGAGCCCAUCAUCAUCAACCAUCUGAUCAGUGUGGAUCCUAAUGACCAAAAGAAGACUGCCUGCUAUGACAUUGAUGUGGAGGUGGACGACACGUUGAAGACCCAGAUGAACUCCUUCCUUCUCUCCACAGCCAGCCAGCAGGAAAUAGCAGGGCUGGACAACAAGAUCCAUGAAACCAUUGAGACCAUUAACCAGCUGAAGACCCAGAGGGAGUUCAUGUUGAGUUUUGCCAGGGAUCCUCAGGGCUUUAUCAACGACUGGUUGCAGUCCCAGUGCAGAGACCUCAAGACCAUGACAGAUGUGGUAGGAAACCCAGAAGAGGAGCGAAGAGCAGAGUUUUACUACCAGCCGUGGGCUCAGGAGGCCGUCUGCCGUUACUUCUACUCCAAGGUCCAGCAGAGGCGGCAGGAGCUGGAGCAGGCGCUCGGCAUCAGAAACACCUAAAGAAGGUCGUCACAUGCAGCAGGAAAUGAGAAGACAUGUUUUGCUGGUGGAGACAACUAAUGUGUGUGCGUGGGACAUUUAAACUGACAAACAUAGAGAGAGAGAUAGAUAAAAGAUGGCCUCAGCAUUUUCUAGGAUGUCAAUUUUCCUUUAUCUUCCCCCCCCCCCCUCCCCCCAAGUUUGGUUUCUGCUUUAUCUUUUUUCUUUUAAUGACAGAUUUUUCUCCUCCUCACACCGAGAGCUCUUGAGCAAAAGUGUCUUUAAUUGAAGUUUGAUUUUUUUUUUUUUUUUCCAUGUCUUAGCCUUAGCUAGAAGCAUUCCUUUCAUUUUGACAACACACUGUGUCCUCACAAAAAACGUAGAUUGUACACAGAUGAAAAGCAGAGGGCAGACUGUACCUCGCAACUUUAAAUGUAUUGUCCCUGGAACAAAAAAAUAAUCUUAAAUCAGCCGGAAUGUGUCGAGUCUGGCGUGGCUCUUUGUUCCCGCUUUUGGAAAGUAAAUUUACAUUUUCAACUCCAAGCCUGGCCCCCGGAUGCUUGCCCGUUUAGUUAAAUAUUGAUUGUGAUUGUGUUUGUAAUCAAUUGGGCUUUUUUGCUACACAUUGGCUGUUCAUACGUCACCUUGUUUUAAGUUGCCAUUGGUUAUUUUUCACAGUUUGUGGCACAGUCUUUUGAGACAGUCAAUCACAGCAGAUUAUACAUUGUUGUUGGAAAGCAGUUUUAUUUGUUAAAGGUGCCAUUUGUUUUGACGUUUAUUUUUCCUCCUUUUUGUUACUAUCAGUGAUCCUCGUUUUAAAAAUAUGUAUUAUAUCCGUACUUGUCUUGUUAGCUAGUACAGAUUAUCAUUGAAGUAGCUAGUAUGAGUACCUCUAGUCAUUAAAGUUUUGUAAAUACUGAGCAGAAAAAAAACUGAAGAUGGAUGUGAAGUAAACCUGUAUUACUUAUCCUGGCUGAUCUUUUUCUUAAGUCUUUGUCUAUGCUCAGAUAGUCAAACCAGUAUAUUAUUAAUUGGCCCUCGCUCUCCAAGCCCAGUGGUUUAGCUCUCCGCAACAAAGUAAAGACAGCAGUGACGCUUUACGGAGCACGGCUCUGCAGGGAGACAUGCAGUCGGAUUCACGUCGCCUGCAAGUUGGGAAGAGUUAAAACGCCUGCGUUUUUAGUUUAGUGUAUUUUAAUUCUGUGCAGAGAAGUCAUAAAACAUAUGUGGUGGAGCAGAUUUGAGGAGCCGGAGCUUCUUCACACAUUGACUGAAGACCUGGUUUCUGUGGGUUUAAUGGUCGUUUCCCUGUAUGAGGUUAAAAUGAGUGUCCUGGCUGAAAAUGUUUGCGUAUGUGCAUUUUAAUAAUGAAUUCCAAGAAUACACUAAUAAAGGUUUGGGCAGGUACACGAUUUGAAAUGAGCAUCGGGGCACCUCUGGGGUGUAAAACAACACUGGGGGGUGGGACUGUAGAAUUGUGAAUCUGCAGACUUUUUCAUGGACCAAACCUAUUUUUCUGUAUGUUCUUAUGUUAUAAUAAAGGAUUAUGUAGAAUGUC